UAAUUUCAAAUGUUUGUCUGUGUUUCUUUGUUGUUUUUUCCCUAAUCUCUUGGCACCGCUACAUGGUGCUUUCUCUUCACACCUCUUAAAAUCUUUCAUCCUCAAACAGCCACCACCAGUGUUUUAAAGGCUAAGAAAAGAGCAGGAGCUCAGAAGAUCACAAAAGAUUUAUCAGAGGAAGCAUCCUCAGUAGAGAGGGUCGUGGAAAGAGAAGAGGUUGAAGAAAAACCUAAAGUGUAUCGUAAGGAUGAAGAAGAAAUUGUGGUUGAAAGUAUAAAAUCUUUGCCACAAGAAGGGAUUUUAAGUACGAGGGAAGAACCUGAUAAAGUGUCUGGAGUAAGUGCUGAUAUAUCUGUUACUGAUGGUUUAAAGACAACGGGUCUUAAAACAAAAAUCACCCCAACAAUGAAAGAAAAGGUCAUUAUGACAGAAAGUAAAACUAAGAGGAAAAAAGUUGUGGCAGUUCAGGAUGAACCUAGCAAACAAAAAGCUCAAGACAAAAAGUUUUCUGUCCAAAAAACUGAUUCUCCAACAGACAGCACUGAAAUAAAAGACAUAAAAAAAGAACAUACAGAAGCAACUGAGAGUCCAGAAACAGAUCAAAAACAAGUGACAGAACCACAACAGGUGACUUCUGAAGCAUACGAUGAAAAUAGGGAAGGUGUUAUCACACAGGCGCUUAAAGAUAAAUCUAAAUUAUCAGUUAGAAAAUCUUUAGAACCCAUAGAAAAAGCCAUUCUCAAGAAGAAAUUAAAGCAAACUGACCAAGAAGAAAAACAUUUACAGGCUGAAAAUAUUGAAAGUACCGAAGAAGAAACAGAUUCUUCGGAGCUUGUUAAACCAACAGAAAAGUUAUCUUCCAAACCUAGAAUAGUUGAAUUGAAGGAAGCAGAGGAAAAGCUGUAUGCAACACCAAAGUCUGCCAGACAGACAACAUCAGCUAAGAAACCAGUCAGACUCAACAGAGAUUCACAAUCCAGUCAAUUAACAGAUUCACAAUCCAAACAGACUGUUGAAAAAACAGGAGAUGAGGAAUUUGAUGACUUUCAGCCGAGAGCAGUCACUGAAAAAUAUCAAGACAAAAAACUAGAAGAACACCAAAGGAAGGAAGGAAAGGCCUCAGUUAAACCUGUGAUGGAGUCAACCAAAAAGUCCGAAUCCAUUUUGUCCAAAGUAGUUACAUUUAAAGAUAAACUGGUCAAAGUCUGUCCUAUGGAAGGAACAACUGAGAUGAAACCCAACAGAGAGACCUUAGUUACUCCAGCAGUAGAAGUCAAACAUCCAGAAUCACUGUCAGAGAGAGAAAACAUAACUGAUAAUAACCUUCAAAAGCCUGAAAUCUUAUCAAAGGGCAGGACUCUAAAAGAUGUUGCUCAGAAAGUGAGACGGCAGACAGUGGUUGAAGAUGAGGACAGAUUCAAAGACAGACAUGUCAAAGUUAGUCCAAAAGAAAAGACAAAACCAGAAAUAGAAGACAUUCCUCCUGCAAGACCAAAUGCCCAGUCAAAGAUAAUAAGAAUGAAAGAUGAAACUGCAGAGGUCACCAUUCAACUAGAGGAAGUAACAAAACAAGAACAAAUUAAAAGAAUACCCUCGCUCACUCCUGUUAUUGAACUUACACAUAAAGAAUCAUCGAUAGCAGGUUCAGAAAAAUAUCCCAAAACCACAGAAGCUGUACAAGGAAUUGUAGAAAAAGAGGAAAUUGUGUUAGAAGUCAUUUCCGCAAAGAUAAAGCCAUCUCCAACAGAAAAACGUAAAAAGUCCUCAAAACCAGAAACAGCAGAAAACAGAAUCACUAAGGUUCGGAAACAAACUAAACAAGAACAACCUGAAAGAAAGGUGACAGAUACAGCUGAGUCAUUAUCUGAAGUAUCUGAAACAGAGAUGUCUACCCCAGAAAGUCCAAAGCUAGCCAGAGCUGAUGAUAUUACCAUUACACUGAUUGAAGAGACAAAACCAAGACUCAAACAAACACAAACCAAGUCCCCAGUUACAGAUGUAGAGGAGAUAAAACCUGAGGAAUUAAAGAUAGCAGAGUACACUUUCAAGAUUACUCAGCCAGAGGUCAUUUCUCCAAAGAAAGAGGAAACAGAAAAAGAAAGACCCCAGAGAUUACAAAAAAUGGGCAAAGUUGCAGAUAAAACUGCCACAGAUAUGCAGAAAAAAGCAUCAAUAGAAGAACAAGUUGAAAGAAAAGGUUUAGACAUGCCUGUUAUGGACAAAAUAAUUGAUAUUGAUACAGAAAGCGAAUCAGUAUCUUUACGAGAACCACAACAGAAACUUACAAAACCUCAGGACAUUAUAGUUGAACAAGACCAGUUAAAGGUCAGCACAGUUAAAGAUAAAACUUUUAAAGUUACUCCACUGAGAGAAAUAAAAACAACACAGGAACAGUUUGAAAGAAAGAUUUCAGUUACUCCUUUAAUGGAGGACACUUCUGAAGAAUUGGAAGUAUUUCCAGAAGAACAUGCAGAAACCAAACAAAGUGAAUUUGCAGCAGUGGAUGAGGUAAGUUAUGUGCCAGAGGGUAUCUCUCAGACAGAAUUAAUAUCACUGCAAGAGGAAGGACAGAAGUUAACCAAAACUAAAACGGCUGCAGGCAAACAAAUCCCACCAAAGCUUGUCACAGUUAAGGAUACAACUAUAAAAGUGACUCCCAUUAAAGAUGGUACACCUGAAAAUGAUGCAAAAACUAAAGAAUAUGUCACAGAGCAUGAAACAUUUGUUGAGGAAAUUGAAUCAUCAGAGAACGAAUCAGUAUCUCCACAAGAACAACAGGUACAUACCAAACGUCAAGAGAUUAUAGUUGAACAAGACCAGUUAAAGGUCAGCACAGUUAAAGAUAAAACGUUCAAAGUUACUCCUCUGAAAGAAAUAAAAACAACACAGGAAAAGAUUGAAAGAAAGGUUUUAGUUACACCUUUAAUGGAGGACACUUCUGAAGAAUUGGAAGAAGCUCCAGAAAAGCUUGAAAGUGCAGCAGUGGAUGAGGAAAUUCAUGUGUCAUAUGGUGUUCCACCAAAGAUAAAUAAAUUACAGAAGUUACCAAAGACUGAAGAUAAAAUAGAUGAAAAACUUCAGUCAGUGGUUCUUCCAAUUAAACAUAAAAAAGGGCAAACACCUCUGACUGAAGAGAAGAAAACAAACCAGGAACAUGAGCCAUUGCUGAGAGUAGAUGCUGCCAAGGAAACUAGGCCUGAAGAAAAAGUCAAAGGUGAUACAUCAGAACGAAAGUCGAAGAAGUUUACAGUUGAAGAAGUCCAGUCCAGGACAGUCGCAGUUACAAAUGAAUACGGUAGUGUGACACCUUUUGAAGCAACAAAAAUCAAACAAGAACAAGUUGAAAGAAUGAAUUCAGUGGUACCUGUGAUGGAGGACACAGUUGAACAACCUUUAACAACAAAAGAUAAACAUGCUAAAACAGAUAUUCCACAACACCUGACCUCAGCAGAUGAUGUGGUUAAAGAUAUUACUUCAAGAAAAGAAAAAGAGAUUAUACCAGAAGAAAGCAGGGACAACUUAGUCCCAGUUAGAAGUAAAACAGGAAAAAAAGUGUUUCCAAUUGAAAAGAAAACCCUCAAAAGACAGGAACAAAUUCACAGCACAGCUGCAGAGGCAGAACCCGAAGUACCAUAUGCAAAGUUUUUGGCAGAGUAUGAUCCAGAAAAAUAUGCUGGAACUGAAAUAACUGUUAAACACAAGGAAACAGAAAAGGGGGACGUCAUUCACUUUGAAGACAAAACAGCCAAACUUGCUCUUCUUAAAAAGAAGAAAACUGAAGAGAUCCAGUCCAAGUCAGUUACAGUUAAACAUGAAUAUGGUUGUGUUACUCUAUUUGAAGUAACAGAAAUUAAACAGGAACAAGUUAAAAGAACAUUGCAAGAGUUUGCAUCUGAAAAAUCUCAAAAAGUAAUAGAUCAAAAUGUUAUGUCAGAUACUUCCAAACAUAUCACAGUUGAACAAGCCAAGACCAAGGAAGACAUAGGUAAAUAUAAACCAGAGAAAAUUGAAGUUGAAAGAAAGGUUUCAGGUACAGCUAAGCCAGAAGUAUUACAUGAACACACAUCAGAAAAACUUAUUGUAAUAGACAAAACCUCCACAGUUCUUCCAGUCAAAGAAAAGAAAACCAGACGGACACAAAUAGAAACAGUAGUUUCUCCUGUAAUGGAGGUAACAAAAACUGACAUAAUUAGAGAAAAAGAUGCCCUCAAGAUGAGUGAUGAAUCAGAAAACAAAGAAGCAACCCAAACAGUUGAAGGGCAGAUGUUUGACAAAACAUCAUUUAUUAUAACUGGAGAUAUCCAGAAAAAGAAAUCAAAAUCACUAAAAGAGAAAGGACACACUUUGGAUAAAAGUACAAAAACAUCCUUUGAAGAAGUGCAGUCUAUGACAGUCGUAGUAAAAGAUGAAUAUGGGAGUGUUACUCCAUUUGAAGUAGCAGAAACAAAACAGGAACAAAUUGAGAGAAAGUUUUCAGUGGCACCUGUGAUGGAGGUUGCAUCUGAAAGAUCUCUGAUAGUCAAAGAUGGAGAUAUUAAAUUAGACACUCUCCAAAGGUAUAUCACACCUGAUGAGCUAGUAAAAGAUAUUGCCUCAAGAAAAGAGAAUGUUUACAAGUUGGAUGACAUUUCUCUAAACACAAAUGAAUCUUUAAAAGACAUUCGAGUUGAACAGGUUAAGUCAAAAGUAGACCGAGUUCAAAAUGAAACAGAGAAGGUUACUCCCAUUGGACAGAAAUUACCUGAAAGACAGGAACAAAUUCAAAGAAAGGCCUCAGUUGCAUCCAAAUCAGAAGUAACAAAUCAACACUCUUUGGUAGAUGCUUCAGAAAAACUUACAGUAAUGGACAAAACCACCACAGUUCUUCCAGCUGAAGAGAUGAAAACAAGACAAAAACAAACUGAAACAAAAACAGUUGUUACUCCGGUAACAGAGGUAAUAGACACAGAGAUGAAAGACAUUCAGUCAAAGAAAUCAAAAGAAAAAGGACACAGGUUGGACAAAGGUACAAAAAUUCCCCUUGAAGAAGUGCAGUCCAAGACAGUUGCAGUAAAAGAUGAAUAUGGUAGUGUUACUCCGUUUGAAGUAACAGAAACAAAACGGGAACAAAUCAAGAGGAAACUUUCAGUUGCAGCAGUGAUGGAAGUUGCAUCUGAAAAACAUUUCAUAGUUAAAGACGGCAAUUUGAAAUCAGACACACUCCAAAGAUUUAUUAUACCUGACAAACUUAUAAAAGACAUUACAUCAAGGAAAGAAGACAUUUAUGAAUCUGGGGAGGUUUCUCUUAUGAGACAUUUACAAAGUCCAGAGUCAGCCAAGGAAAGCAUGGACAUUUUAACUGAAAAACAAGAGAUUACAGAUAAAAAUACUCAGGGAAGAGAAGUCACAAGUCAAUUUAAAACUGACAAAAUUACAUUUGUUGAUACAACACCAACAAAACAGAAACAAAGUCAACAAAAGGCACAAAGGACAGCUGUUAGUCACGAAAAGACUCAAAAAACAUUGGUAGGAGAAGAUGCUAAAACAGAGGUAGACCAUUCACCAAGGCACGAGGAAGUUAGAAAUGAUAGUAUGUCCUUAAAGAAACCAGACUCUCUAAAAGACCAAGGACAGGUUACAGUUGAAUGCAUUCAGUCUAAAACAGAAACAAUUAAGGACUUUUUUCAUAGUGUUACUCCAGAUGUAGAAACAAAGCAGGAACAAAUCGAAAGAAAGGCUUCAAGGACACCUGUAAUGGAUGUUGCAUAUGAAAAACCAUUGAUUGUGAAAGAACAAGAUAUUCGAUUAGACACUCUGCAUAAGUAUAUUUCCCCUGUCAAUCUAGAAAAAGGCAUUACAUCAAGAAAAUGGGGGGCUUACAAGUCAGAGGAUAUUUCUUUAAAGAAGGAUGAAUCCACAAUAGAUAACAGACAGACAGAUACAGUUAGCACCAUUGAAGGAACAAAAAUUCAACACAUCGAAAGCGAAGCUGCAGUAACGUCUGCACCUGAGGUAACAUCUAAAAAAUCACUUAUAGGAGAUGACAGAACAGAAAGAUAUACCAAAACAGAAACUCUCAAAGACAGAGUCACAACAAAAGAGAAAAUAAGAACAAUGUCAGCUGAACAAGACUUUCAAGGUCAAAAAGAACAUCCAAAAACAGUCAGUGUUGAGGGCCAAGCUGCCAAACUUAUUUCCGAAGAAGGAAUGAAAGUAAAACAGAAACAACUUGAAAGACAACCCACAGUUACAACACAGUCAUUAAUUGAGCAGGGUGCUUUGGACAGACAACUGAAAUGGGCUAUACCCAAGGAAAUUAAGACAGACAUGAUAGGGAAAGACAAAAUUGUCAAAGAGAUUCAUGAAAAAGAAAAACUACAGAGAAAAGACGAACAAGAACAAAUCAAAGGAAGAAGUAAAGAAAUGUAUCAAUGCCAAGAGGUAGUUGAAGAAGUGAAGAGUUCAGAAAAAUCCAAACCUGCUACAAAAGAGUCAAAAGCUGAAAUAGAUCGACAUAGGCCCACUGCCAGAGAACCCUCAGUAACAGAUAAAACCAAGCCAAAGAUGAUUGAGAAGACUACCCCUACUGGCUACAAAACAGACUCUCCAGAAUGCGGGGAAGCUGCCACCAGGAAAUGGCAGUCAGAAGUUGAGCAGUCUUUUCUGCAAGAAGAUGUCCAAUACAUCCCUCCUCAGGAAGUUGAAACCAUAAGCAGAGAGGAAGGAGAAGCUCAUGGGCUUCAGUCCAUCAGAGAAACGAGGAUUUUGACUUUGGAACCAGAAGGGAAAGAACAGGUCUCCCCUCAAGAAUCUUCCAGAGGUAUAUAGGGAAACCUGUUGAAUGUCACUGAGCACUUUUUUUUUAUCUGAGCACCAAACAUCAUUGUGCACUUCCUCGUUAGUAUCCUCUUAAGGAUUUAUUAGAUUCAUAUCUCUUUGUCGUCAUCAUUUCAAGAGGAUAUCCAUGUCAUAUCACCCAUUUGUUUGGGCACAAACUCUAUUCUUUCUCAUCGUGAAGAACCAUCACGCUGUUGACUGAGACAGUCUCUUUUGGUUUCUUAUCACCUGAUAUCUAAACCACCAGUUUUAUGUUGUAUGUCGGGUUUUUCAUUGUUUUUUCUAAUUCUGUCUGUUGUGUCUAUUACGUUCCACUGUACCUGUGUGUGUUGAGAGAAAAUGUUCUGCACAGACGGUGAGGUGAGAUACUUUUGUGGAAAAUUCCUCCAUCUUAAAACUUAAGUCUUCAAACUUUCUAUGUUUUCAUCUUGAAUUGUGUUUCUUGUCUUUGUUUUAUUUAGUCUCUGCAUGGUUCAGUGCUCACCCCAUCAAUCUUAGUGAGGUUCUGAUUGUCAUAUAAUUUCAUU